AUGGCUAGCGGUGGUGCGGCGAUGGCGUUGCUUCUUGCUGGGAAAAGAGUAGGUACAGGGAAGAAGUUGCUCAACACUAACGUAUCUUUUAAUGUCCUUUAUGACCUCCUUGUUGGACCUGAUAUCCUAGGUAUUGCUUUUGAGCUUGAUGAAGAGAUGGCUGCAAAUGAUGAUGAAAGGGAGGCAUUGCAAGAAAUUAUCAACAAUACUAAGUUAAGUGAAGGUUAUCUUACACUUGCUCGUCAUAUAGAGGUCAUGGAACCCAAAUCGCCUAAGGAUAUUUAUAAGGCACAUUUGCUCGAUGGCCGGGCUAGUGCUGGUGCAAGUGUUGAUUCAGCCAGACAAAACUUGGUAGCUACAUUUGUUAAUGCAUUUGUGAAUGUUGGCUUUGGUCAGGAUAAGCUAAUGACAGUCCCAUCAGAGGCUUCAAGUGGUGGUUCUUCAGGAAACUGGCUCUUUAAGAAUAAAGAACACGGAAAAGCCAGUACUGCAGCAAGUCUGGGUAUGAUUCUGCUUUGGGAUGUUGAUUCUAGACUUGCCCAACUUGACAAGUAUUUCCACAGUAAUGACAGCCAUGUCAUAGCCGGUGCAUUGUUGGGAGUUGGUAUUGUGAACUGUGGUAUCAAGAAUGAAUGUGAUCCUAUGAGUUAAACUUUGGCAUUCUCUGUACACAAGUCCUGUGACUGUUAUGUAUUUGGAAAUCCUAAAUUUUGGUUUUUUCAGGCAUUGGCACUUCAUGCUGAUUAUAUAGAUAAAGAGGAUUCUUCUGUCAGAAUUGGUGCAAUAAUGGGUCUAGGCCUUGCUUUUGCUGGUGCCCUAAAUGAGCAGGUGAGGUUCCUUGCAUUUUUAAUUGGUGGUUUCUUGGUAGGCCAUGGAAACAAUACUAUGUCUGAUUCAAGAGGCACAUCAGUGGAAUCAUUCUAUCUAUUCUACCAUAGAUUGUUAAUUUCAUUACAGAAGUUACAUAAUACACACAAAUAGAGAGGGAGAGAUAA